CCGCCCUGCCACGAGAGGCUCCUAUUGGGCGGAGGUGCGGUCGAUCAGCUUCGAGUAACGGAGUCGAUUGGAUAACAGGCCCUCGGUCCGCCCCUGUCCUGCUCGGAUUGGCUUGCUGCAAGUUGGCGCAACGGAAGAGGCGGCCGACCCUGGGUGCCCCUCUCUUGGGCUGGGCUGCCGCGGAGGAGGCGACCAGGAUUCCGGCGCUGGGGGGCUGGCUCGGGCGGCAGCAGAGGCUGCUGCGGAUGGGAUCGGGCCGGUUUGGCGCGCCGAUGGAGCGCCACGGCAGGGCCGCUGCCACUUCCGCCUCGUCGACUGGGGAACUGGCGCCCGGGGGGCCCGAAGGGCGGCGGCGAGAGCCGCUGCGGCGCCGGGCAAGCAGCGCAUCGGAGCCGUCGUCGGGGACGUCGGCUGAGAGCGUGAGGCGGGACCGGCCCGGCUCCUACAGCGGCCCCACUCCGGUCUCCCGGCAGCGCGUCGAAAGCCUGAGGAAGAAGCGGCCGCUUUUUCCAUGGUUUGGCUUGGAUAUCGGUGGAACACUGGUCAAGUUGGUUUAUUUUGAGCCCAAAGACAUCACUGCUGAAGAAGAAGAGGAAGAAGUGGAAAGUCUUAAAAGCAUUCGGAAAUACUUGACCUCCAAUGUGGCUUAUGGGUCCACAGGCAUCCGGGAUGUGCACCUCGAGCUCAAGGACCUGACUCUGUGUGGACGCAAAGGCAAUCUGCACUUUAUACGCUUUCCCACUCAUGACAUGCCUGCUUUUAUUCAAAUGGGCAGAGAUAAAAACUUCUCGAGUCUCCACACUGUCUUUUGUGCCACUGGAGGUGGAGCGUACAAAUUUGAGCAGGAUUUUCUCACAAUAGGUGAUCUUCAGCUUCAUAAACUUGAUGAACUAGAUUGCUUAAUAAAAGGGAUUUUAUAUAUUGAUUCUGUUGGAUUCAAUGGACGUUCACAGUGCUAUUACUUUGAAAAUCCUGCUGAUUCUGAAAAGUGUCAGAAGUUACCAUUUGAUUUGAAAAAUCCGUAUCCUCUGCUGCUGGUGAACAUUGGCUCAGGGGUUAGCAUCUUAGCAGUGUAUUCCAAAGAUAAUUACAAACGGGUCACAGGCACUAGCCUUGGAGGAGGAACCUUUUUUGGUCUCUGCUGUCUUCUUACUGGUUGUACCACUUUUGAAGAAGCUCUUGAAAUGGCCUCUCGUGGAGACAGCACGAAAGUGGAUAAACUAGUGCGAGACAUUUAUGGAGGGGACUAUGAGAGAUUUGGGCUUCCAGGCUGGGCUGUGGCUUCGAGCUUUGGAAACAUGAUGAGCAAGGAGAAGCGAGAGGCUGUCAGUAAAGAGGACCUCGCCAGAGCCACGCUGAUCACCAUCACCAACAACAUUGGGUCAAUAGCACGAAUGUGUGCCCUUAACGAAAACAUUAACCAGGUGGUAUUUGUUGGAAAUUUCCUGAGAAUUAAUACGAUCGCCAUGCGACUCUUGGCAUAUGCUUUGGAUUAUUGGUCCAAGGGGCAGUUGAAAGCACUUUUUUCAGAACAUGAGGGUUAUUUUGGAGCAGUUGGAGCACUCCUUGAGCUGUUGAAGAUCCCCUGAUCAUUACCUGGGGAGGGUUCCUG